ACACAGGCAGCGGAGAGGAGGGCGAACGCUGGGAUUAUAAGAGCUCCUGCUUCUCCUCGAAACGACGCUGAUUUAUUUCCCUUCAACAUGCACACCAGGAUAUUCUUUUUGCUUGUUUGUUCUGCGGCAUUUUUCGCCGGGCUGCACUGCGCCUCUCCAAGGACCACGGCGGGAAUGGAUCUCUCCACCGCCGGUAACACCAGCACCGGAGGAGGCGGCGGCGGCGGCGGCGGAGGAGGCAGCAGUGGGGAAACAGGGGGGAAAAGAGACUCGAACCAGACCAUCAUGUCCAGAAACAAGAGGAAAACCCUGGCUGUGGAUUUCGCGGUGCCCUCUCUGUUGCGCUAUUAUCUGGCGGAGUUCGUGAAGAGACCCCUGAACGGAGACUGCCAGACUUUCAGCGGCUGCUACACGGUGCGCGCAAACUUGAAAAUGCACUGCAUACCUUUGCAGAAAACCAUCGCCACUUUCGUGGACCCCAAGUCGGAUUCAGCACUGAGGAACGCGUCUGCGGACGGACAGCUCCCCUUCUUCUACAAGCGGCCGCUGUCCAAAGUUCUGAAACUGGGCUUGACGAAGACCAGCAGGAAAUCCAACCAAGUUGUGGUGGAGAUCGGAGAGGAUAUAGUCAGGACGGGAUGCGGGGGGCUUUCCGUGUACGAGGAGGCCCCGGUGUUGACGCUGGAGAUGGACUUGACCACUAUUCUGGAGUGGUGGCUGGGCGCGGAGGGGGGCCGGCUCAGGGUCCGGCUCAUGCCCGAGAAGGCGGCGCAGGAGCCCGGCAUUGAGGACCGAUACACGGCGGCCAUACGGGCUGCAGACCCCCGCCUCUACCUUCAGAUAUCCUCCCAGGGUGAAUCUCAGGAUGGUAGGACUGCUGCUGGUGUUCCUCGGGGGUACUGGAGCUUCUCCUGGGUAGCUGAGGACGAUCUGAGCUCUCCUAACAAUUCCACGCCCCUGUCAGGUCACCAGUGUCCUGGCAGCAGCAGGACAUGUGACCGUCAGGUGGAGGGCACCCCGGAGUUCACCUGGAGCAUCGUGGCCGCCGGAGACCUCCGGGGGGAACGCGGCGAGAAAAGCGAGAAGAAGGCUGGAAGUCCCCAGGGUUGGGAGGAAGGUAAGACCGAAGGUCAGUUCCUGUGGGUGAACAGUUCAGCGUUCGGCGGCCCCUGGGUGAUGAGUCCCUGGCUGUGGGGGGGGCGGGGCUCCUGUGGCUUGGACAUGGCCGUAUUCCUUCACCCCAGACAGGGUGGCCAAUACACCAUUUGGCUGAUUGAGCGAGACAAGCCGCCCCUCGCCCUCUUCUCCACUGACACCCUGCCUCGCAUCACAGGCUGGGCGGUGGUCCACCUCACCCUGGGCACCCACAGGGGGUCACCUUUCAAGAUCCUGGGCAGCUACGAUCAGAGGGUCCCGCAGGACGACACGGCCACCAUCGAGCCCCACUUCACCACCAACUGCACCAUGGCGGCUCCGCCAGGCCAGAACAUCACGCUAGAAGGACAGUACCUGUGCUACCAGGGACCCGGGAUCCCGCUGGACAAGCUGUGUGAUUUCACUCCGGACUGCCCGCACGGCGACGACGAAGGAGACCGAUGUCGACGUUUCCUCAACGGCAGCUACUGCUCUUUUGAAGACGGCGACUGCAGCUGGCAGCCGGCGUCGGGCCGCGGCCUCUCCUGGAGGAAGUUCCGGUCGCUACCCAAGGCGACCCGACAGAGCUGCCCGGCCUCAGGUUCUACGUUCACUGUCGAAGGAGGCCAGUCUAAAGGUCAGCGUGGCUUAGCUUUGCUGAGGAGCCCGCUCUUCCCUCCUCCUCUGAGAAACUCCCCUUGCACGGUGCGGUUCUGGCUGUGCUCCGGCGGUCCGCAGAUGGGCUCGCUGUCUCUGUGGAUGGUGGAGAACAGCACCGGUCCAGAGGAGCAGCGGCGGCUGUGGCACUCGGCCAGCGAGCCCCGAUCGGACAGGGGCUGGAAACUCAUCGUGCUGCCGCUGUACGGGCUGGCAGACUGGUUCUGGCUCCAGUUCAGCACCGAAGAUGGACCUGGACCCGGCUCAGCCAUCUCUCUCGACAACGUCUCUUUCAGCAUGGACUGCUUCCUGGCAUCCAACGGUGAGUUUCCUCCCGUGGUGACCAGCACGACCAGGCUGCCCUUCAGACCGACCAGCCGGACUCUCCCGCCAUCCAUCAGAAGCCCGUCGCUAAACGUCCCCACCACAGAUUACUCCAAAAAGUGGAUUUUUCACACCUGUGGGGCUGUGGGCCCCGAAGGCCCGACUCCCACUCAGUGCCUCAACUCCUACAGGAACAGCAACGUCAACGUGACAGUCGGCACCCGAGGGCCCUUCCAAGGCAUUCAGACGUGGCGGGUCCCAGAAACUGGCACCUACAGGAUCACCGCCUACGGUGCGGCGGGCGGCCGAAGCGUGUUGGCCAUGAGCAGGUCGCACGGCAUCUACAUCACCGGGGACUUCCUGCUGAGGAAGGGCGAGCUGCUUUACAUCCUGGUGGGACAGCAGGGGGAGGACGCCUGCCCCAACUCCAACGCCAUGCUGAAUAAGAUCUGCCUGGAACAGAGCGGCCCGAUGGUGAACAAAACACAAGUGAAAGGUGGAGGAGGUGGAGGUGGAGGGGCCACUUAUGUCUUCAAGGUGGACAAAGGGGUGUACACCCCUCUUAUCAUCGCUGCCGGGGGAGGCGGAAGAGGCUACAGCAGCCAAUCAGAGAACCAGCUGGAGCAGAUGGACUAUGACCCCAGCCAACCGGGACGCAACGGGAAGUCCAACGCCGCAGGUGGAGGCGGAGGUUGGAACGACACCGCUCCCAACAGUCAGGGGGGCAGACCGGCGGUGCUGGGGGGCCAGGGAGGGCAGGCCUGUCAGAAGUUCUGGCAGACCCGCGGCGGCUUCGGGGGCGGCGGGGGCGGCUGUAUGUCCGGCGGUGGCGGCGGAGGCUACAGAGGCGGUAAUACCUCCAUAGAUAACAACCCCAAGCACGAUGGCGAUGACGGCACGUCCUUCCUCAGCCCGGAGGGAGAGCCCUUCGUCUAUGCCCUGAAAGCUAUGGAGGGAGACGGGGAGGUGAUCAUCAGCCCGGUGCAGAACUGCAGCCACUGUGAGAGCGGCGAGUGCCACGUGAUCGACGACGCGGUCGUCUGUUUCUGCGAGGGCGACCUCGUCCUGGACCGGGACAAAGUGUCCUGCAUCAACGCCACAGAGCGCUCCCUGCUGCCGCCGCAGCCUUCUCUGUCCCACCUGGCGUUGGGGCUUUCGGUGGGCACCUCGGCCCUCAUCGCCGCCCUGCUGCUGGCCGUGUCCGGAGUCAUGAUCAUGUACCGGCGUAAACACACCGAGCUGCAGUCCAUUCAGCUGGAGCUGCAGAGCCCAGACUGCAAGCUCAGUAAGCUGCGAGCCUCCACCAUCAUGACAGACUACAACCCCAACUACUGCUUCGCCGGGAAGACGGCCUCCGUCAACGACCUGAAGGAGGUGCCCCGGAGAAACAUUUCUCUCACCAGGGGUCUGGGUCACGGCGCUUUUGGCGAGGUCUACGAAGGCCUGGCGGUGGGGAUACCGGGCGAACCCAGUCCGCUGCAAGUGGCCGUGAAGACACUUCCAGAGGUGUGCUCGGAGCAGGAUGAAUUGGACUUCCUCAUGGAGGCGCUAAUUAUCAGCAAGUUCAGCCACCAGAACAUCGUGCGUUGUAUAGGAGUGAGCCUGCAGGCCAUGCCCAGGUUCAUCCUGCUGGAGCUGAUGGCCGGAGGCGACCUGAAGACCUUCCUGAGAGAGACCAGACCGCGGCUGGAGCAGCCGUCCAGCCUGACCAUGGUGGACCUCCUCAACGUGGCCAGAGACAUCGCCAAGGGCUGCCAGUACCUGGAGGAGAACCAGUUCAUACACAGGGACAUCGCUGCACGGAACUGCCUCCUGACGUGCAAAGGACCGGGCCGAGUCGCCAAGAUCGGAGAUUUCGGGAUGGCUCGGGACAUUUACAGGGCGAGCUAUUACAGGAAGGGAGGGCGGGCCAUGCUGCCGGUGAAGUGGAUGCCACCCGAAGCCUUCAUGGAGGGCAUCUUCACAUCAAAGACAGACACGUGGUCCUUUGGGGUCCUGCUGUGGGAGAUCUUCUCGCUGGGCUACAUGCCAUAUCCCAGCCGCAGCAACCAGGAGGUGCUGGAGUUUGUCACCAACGGCGGAAGGAUGGACCCGCCCAAAAACUGCCCCGGCCCAGUGUAUCGCAUAAUGACUCAGAGUUGGCAGCACCAGCCUGAGGACAGGCCGAACUUCUCAACCAUCCUGGAGAGAAUCGACUACUGUUUGCAGGACCCUGAUGUGGUGACCAUGCUGUUGCCUGUGGAGUACGGACCCGUUCCGGAAGAGGAGGAGCGAGCCCCCGUGCGCCCCGACGACCCCUCGGCCCCGACCGUGCUUGUGAACGCCCAGGUGCCUGACGGAGAGGCUCCGCCGCCGCCGCCCUCCUACCCGACAGAGGCCGUCUCCACGAGCGCGGCGUCGGAGGUCAAAGCACAGACGCCGGCGCCGGCGCCGCCGCAGCCGUACCUCCACCAGCACCAGCAGCCUCACACGCAGACCGCCAUGGCCAUGACUACCACCAACACGGUCACCUGCGCCGCCCCCUCCAUGCUCGCGGCCAAGGGGCCUCACGUCGCGACCCAGCCCGGCCCGGCCGAGGGGGGCCACAUCAACCUGGCCUUCGCCCAGGGCCACCCGCCGGAGAAGGACGGCAAAAGCACCAGUCUGUGGAAUCCGACGUACGGCUCCUGGUUCCUGCAGCAGCAGCAGAGGAAGCAGCAGCAGCAGCAGCAGCAGCAGCAGCAGCUGAGGCAGGGUGGGGUGGGGGGUGCAGGGGGCAGCGGGGCCAGGGUGCCCGGCGAGGGGCAGGAGCACGUGGGCCGGACGGUGGCGGAGGUGGCGGGGGCGCUGGGCCUCCAGCAUCAGCACAAGCAGUUCCAGCAUCAGCUGCAGCAGCAGCACCAGCUGCAGCUGCUGCACCACCAGCAGCAGCAGCAGCAGCAGCAGGGGCUGUGCCGGCCGCUGCUCCCCCCGCCCCCACCUCCCGCCACCCAGUCGCCUCUGCUCCUGGAUUCGGCCGCCUUGCCCCCGGUUCCCCUCUACAGACUGAGACGCUUCCCCUGCGGGAACAUCGGCUACGGCUACCAGGAGCAGGGCCUGCCGCUGGACGCCGCCCCCCCUCCCCCGCCCCCUCAGGGCACGCCCUCCGCCACCCUGCAGCGCGGACCCUCCAUCCCCACCUCAGUGACCCUGGCCCGGCCGGGGGUGCCCGAGGACAGCCGCCCGUUGUUAGUCACCAUGGGGACGGUGCAGGACCCGCGGCUGCCCAGGAUGGAGGGCCACAACGCCACCGUGCUUUAGCCCCGCCCACCCCACCCCACCCCACCCAACCCCCGGCGCUUGCUGGGCCUUCCGGGCCUUUAGUGUCUUUGGAGGCAUCAAACACUGUGCCAGGACAGAGACCCGUUUUCACCGCCCCCCUACCGUCGUUCCUCUCACCUUGGAGGCGUGUUCGAUUCCCCGGCGGAUCCCGGAGCACAUCAGAGAACUCACCCGGCUUCUGAGAGGAAUAAACGCAGACAAAAAAAAAGGCUAGUUUUAAGAGUUUUAAAAAUGUAUUUUUUCAUUGCUGGAGGGAUCGGUUCUGAGAGGACGAGAGUCGGCCGAGAGUCCGGAGCACGGGGAGACUUUCCCGGCGUCGGGGAGCGAGCGCCGUGGCCUGCUGGCGUGGACUCAGAGGAGGGUCGGACCUGCCCGUCUCUGCCAGACGUCCGCUCCCAGAGUUUGGUGACCUGUUUGACUGCAGCAAGUUGUUUACAGCUUGCAGCCAACAUGCAGAACCCACACACACACACACUGUUCCUUAUCCUUUCAGAGAGAAAACAAACUCAACAAAACAAGAAAACAAAAGAAGCGAGAGAAACCAGUGAGUUGAAUAACUUGUAUCAGACUAUUUUUCAAGAAUAUCACAGAAACAGACACUGGAUUACCAGAGACAUUUAUAUGGAGAAAAAAAA